AUGGGAGACUCACUGGCACCACCUCAAGUUUACGUGUUUCAAGAUUACCAUGACCUCCGGUUUGGAAAUUUACGUCCGGGAACAUAUAUGCUCCCAAGCGUCCUCUUUACAGAGGAGCUAACAGAAAAAGUUAACCAGCUCGUUCGAGUACGCCUUGCUGAACAUUUAUUGCAAGAGAAGCUCCAGUCCCAAUCUGCUCCGGGAUUUGUUGGCACGCCUGGCAACCGCCAGCUUCAACAAGAACUGGUGCAAGCCAUGCUCAAUAGGGCCAUCAAGGAGAUAGAGGUCUUGAAGGCUGUAAAUGAUGCCGAUUGA